AGCGGCUCUGAAAUGACGUGAUAUUUAUUUGUCAUACCAUAACGGCAUAAUUCGAAGAUAUGGUAAUAAAAAACUAAGUUUAUCAAAGAAAAAAAAAAGAAUACCAAGAUAAUUCCAUAAUAUCGAUAUAAUUAAAAGACAAAUAAAAAUAAUAAAACAUCAUAUAUAUUAAUAAGUGUAUUCGAGUGCUAAAGUGUUUUACUGGCUACAAUCCUUGCUUACACCUAUACACAUAGUAUUGUUUUUACAUUCCCACCGCAUGUCCUUGUUUUUAUUAUUUUAUCAACGUGUUGGUGAAAGAGCUUGUGUGAAGUCAUUGAUACGCAUGUGUUUCUUGUAGCAGUCUUUUGACACUCGUCGAAGACUUUCUUCGUCAUCAUUAGUUAUGUUGAUGAUAUUGAUAUGGUGAUGGCAGAAAAAAAAGGAGAAUGUCACGUCGUAAACAGAGCAACCCAAAGCCACUGAAACGAGAUGAUGAGGAGUGGAGUGAUUCAGAAAAAACACCAUCAGUGAGCAGUGGCAUAGAUGGUGGAUCAACAGUGUCAAGUCCCAUACCACAAAAUGCCGAAGAAGAAUCGGCAAGUCUUCCUGCGCCUCCAUCAAGACUGAAUACUGGAUUUCCUGUGAUUUUAGGCAGUAUAAGCAAUUCUACCGUUGAAGAUUUUCAGCUAAAAUUAAAUACAAUACCAUCUCUAUCAGAUGAUGUGAUCACUAAAAAACGAUUCAAUCAUCUCAAUGAUGAGAUAGAAGUUGUUAAGGGGCUUAAGAAAAAAUAUACACCAAAAGCGAUAACAUUAGAAGCCAGUCCAGAAUUAACUAAGACAGAAAAUGAAGAUGAAAAUAUUUCACCAGCUAAAGAGACUGAAUUAUUAUUAUUCAAGUCGACUGGAUCGAGUAAACGUGAAAGUCGAAAAUACUCAGAUGAAUUACGUUGUUCGGAUGAAUCAACAACUGGUAGUAAUGCUAAAAAAAUGCGGCUACAAGAGGAAGAUAUUGCACCAAAACUCAGACUGAAUGCUAGUCUUGCUACAGAUCCUGCUUUGCGACCUGCAACAGUAGCUGCUCUCACUAUUAAACCUGUUGACAGUGUUUCACCACCACCAUCACUACCACCGCCACCUCCACCACCACCAUUAGCAUCUAAUUCUAAUGCUACACUUCCAGUUGAUCUUGAAAAUGCCAUUGCAUCAGGUCGUUUAUUUGUUUUACCAACAGAAAAUAAAGAACCAUCGAUAUCAGUUGAUACAUCAAGACCAGCACCACUUAUUUGUCCACCUUGUGGUAUUAGAUUUUCUUCAGCAAGUACAUUAGAAGCACAUAGAACUUUUUAUUGCGCACACAGGCCAAGAUUGGAAGAAGAAAAUACUAAUGAUGAUGACGAUGAUAAAUGUACCAAGUACGAGGUUCGUAAAGCCUACGCAUGUCCGCAUUGUUCUUACAGUGCUGAUAAAAAAGUUUCUCUCAAUCGACAUAUGAGAAUGCAUGCGUCUUCACCAGCGCCUGCUGCAUCAACCAAUGUGCCACCGCCACCUCCAGUGACUAUAUCACCAUCUAAUGCAACAACUAAUAAUUCCAUAAUAAUAACGAGUAACAGUAAUAAUAGUAACAAUAAUAAUAACAAUAACAAUAAUAGUAGUAACAAUACUCCAACAAAUGGUUCUUUAAAUGAAGAAGCUGAACGUUACUGUCGUAACUGCGACAUUAGAUUUAAUUCACUCAAGACUUAUCGCGCUCACAAGACUCACUACUGCAGCACUAGACACGUCGUAAAAGAUGCUCCAACAGGUGGUAAUAUUGCAGCAAAAGCGUCUCCGCCAGCGAGUUCCAGUCCAGGAGAUUCACCGCCACCUCAACCUUGUCUUGCUUUACCUACUAAUCCUAUAUUAAUUGUCCCUUGUUCGCUCUUUAGAGGUGCUAGUGUACUAGCAGCACCGUCCCUUCCGGUUCCGGAUACAGCGUGCUUCCUUCUUCCUAAUGGUUCACUUCAACCAAUGACUCGAGGUUUAGCGUCUACGCAAAAUAAUUCUUCCACUGAAUCAUCCUCCUCGUCAUCAUCAUCAUCAUCGUCCCAAGUUCUCAGGGUAGCCAAUAAAUUGACUGCUACAUCACCGACAAUACAACAAGUGCUACCGACAUCAAUCACUUCAUCGACUUCACCUUCUCUAACUGUUUUGUCAACAACACCAUUGGAUUUAAGUAUACGAAGAUCUCCACCUACACAUCAAGAUGAGAAAGAAAAUCGUGUCUCACCAAUGUCUCUAUCACUUGCUCUUCCUCAAUCUAAUAGUAGCAGUAACAGUGGCAGUGGUGCAAAUGCUGUCAUAGGUAGCCCUAGAUCUUCUAGAAGAAGUGCAAGUCCAAGAGCAACAAGAUCUUUAAAUUCAUGUUUAUCUACUAGUGGAUCUCAUCAGUCUACAACUUCACUAUCACAACAGCCUUCUUCCGUACCACCACCUACUGAACUUGCUCUACGACUCGCUGAGUUACCACCACCGCCCACAGUACCUGGUGUACUUGUUAAACAAGGUGUUUCCAGAUGCAAAGAAUGUAACAUUGUAUUUUGCCGUCAUGAAAAUUUUGUAGCACACAAAAAACACUACUGUCAAGCAAGAGAAAAUACCGUAUGUAGUCCACCACCUACCACUCCAGGAACACCUUCCCCACCUCUGGUUCAAUUAAUUUGUGCAGCUUGUGGAAUUAAGUUUGCUUCUAUGGAUAAUCUUGUUGCUCAUCAAGCUUUUUAUUGUCCUAAAAGGCCUGAAACUCAAGAACAUCAUAAUCGUUGUCCCAAAUGCAAGGUAAUUAUAGAAUCAACUUCAACAACGCAUACAUGUUCAAGUGGACCAACAGGUGGAUGGCGAUGUCCGGUUUGUGGUGCCGUCAGUCCAACUGCGGGAGCUGCACAACGGCAUAUGGAUGCCCAUCAAGGAGUUAAAGCAUUUCGGUGUACAAUAUGUCGAUAUAAAGGAAAUACUUUACGGGGUAUGAGGACACAUAUUAGAAUGCAUUUCGAAAAACGUGGAGCUGACUUACAGGAAGAAAAUUACAUUACCUGUGUGUUAGAUGAUGAUGUAUCAACAGUAUCAAUAUCAGAACCUCCACCAGCAACUACACCUGAAGAAAUUCCAUCUGAAAUUCAAAUAAAUGGAAAAACUGAAACAUCAAAAAGCCCUCAACCAUCUGCAAUAUCAACUCCAACAUCAGUACCGUCAGUGAUUACAAACAAAGUAAAACAAGAACGUCGAGAUACACCAUCACCUGAAGAAAGUCUUGAUCCAAAUAAACCAGGCCCACGAUAUUGUCGUUCUUGCGACAUUAGUUUUAACUAUUUAAGCACUUUUAUAGCACAUAAAAAAUAUUACUGUUCAAGUCAUGCCGGAGAAGCGAGUAGUAAUAAUAAUAAUAAUAAUAAUAAUAAUAAUAAUAAUAAUAGUACUAGUAGUAGUAAUAGUAAUAAUAAUCGAGAAGAUAACGAUAAUCACAAUGAUGAUAAUGAUGGUGAUAAUAACAAUGAUAAUAAUAACAAUAAUAAUAUUAGUAAUGAUAAUAAUUCAAAUAAUGAUUUGACAAACCCCAUAAAUUCUACGAGUGCGGCCUCACUCUAGAUAAUACAAGUUUUAAAUAAUAUGAUGAAUUUUUAUCUUCUAUUUGAAUAUUGUAGAAAUAAUUCGGACUAAUGAAUCCGAUCGAAAACCAUACGACUGUUAAUUGUUGCCAGUUUUUAAUAUUAAUUAAAAUAUCAAAGUAUAAUAAUAUAAUAAUGAAUAAAUUUAGUUGCCUAUGUUAUGUGAUUUUUUUUUUGUUUAUCCAGGGAAUUGUUCGUACUUAUUAAGUCGACUAUUUUAAUAUGUAAAUAAAAAAAUAUUAAGACAAGAAAAUUGAUAAAUAAUUUUGAGGUUGUCAGAAUCAUGUAAUUCAAUGAUGAUUCAGUUAAGUCAUUAUUAUGUAAAUAAAAAUAAAAAAGGUACUGACAAGUUAAUAACUUUAUAUCGUAACCAAUUUGUAUUAGUUACACUAUCAGUGAUAUUGGAUCAUUACGUAAAGCAGUGCUUAAUAAACAAAAAAAAAAAAUGUCAAUAUCAAUUCUUUAAAUUAAUUAAAUAUUUCAACUGAUAAUAAUCGAUAAAUCUAUACAGAAUCAAUUUUGGAGGUAAAGUCUCAUUUUUUUGUUAAAUUUUAAGAAAAAAUUAUUAAAUUGUAAUAAUUUUAUAUUUCAUAUUAUUUUGUUAUUGGU